AUGGUCGCUCAAGUUCAAAAAGAAGCUCCAGCUUUCAAGAAGACUGCUGUUGUCGACGGUGUUUUUGAUGAAGUCUCAUUGGAACAAUACAGAGGUAAAUAUGUUGUUUUAGGUUUCAUUCCAUUAGCUUUUACUUUCGUCUGUCCAACUGAAAUUGUUGCUUUUUCGGACGCUGUCAAGAGAUUCAGAGAUUUAGGUGCUGAAGUUUUAUUCGCCUCCACUGAUUCCGAAUACUCUUUAUUAGCUUGGACUAACAUUGCUAGAAAAGAUGGUGGUUUAGGCCCAGUCGACAUCCCUCUAUUAGCCGACACCAACCACAGUUUGUCCAGGGACUACGGUGUCUUGAUUGAAGAAGAAGGUAUCGCCUUAAGAGGUCUAUUCGUCAUUGAUCCAAAGGGUAUCAUUAGACACAUUACCAUCAACGAUUUACCAGUCGGUAGAAAUGUUGAAGAAGCUUUAAGAAUAGUCGAAGGCUUCCAAUGGACUGACAAGCACGGUACUGUCUUACCAUGUAACUGGACUCCAGGUUCCGCUACUAUUAAGCCAACCGUCGACGAAUCCAAGGAAUACUUUAACGAAGCUAACAAAUAA